CAGGCGCUGAUGCCAAGAUGUUGUGCUUUUCUUCAGACAUAGAUGCGGGGUAAACCCGUCCGCUCGUUCUGUGUUUUACGUUUCUUUAACGGAUAAUACAAGGGGGUAAUAGAGUUCGGUGUAAGUGUAAAUUGCAACGCCUCAAAGCUAAAGAUGCAACUGGAAAUACGACAUAUUGUGUGUAUUGCAAUCAUGAUGGCACAACUGAUUGAUGCGGGUCGGGAAACAAAUGCAGAAUCUUGCCCUGGCGGUAUUGCUCGAAUGUUCUCUGACCACUGCUACUACACGUCACAGACGGGAGUCACGUGGUUCCAAGCCCAGCAGUUUUGUACGACCCUCGGGGCUAACCUCGCCACCCUGGUGUCAGAUGACGAGGUUAAGUUCCUAAACUCACAGGUUCAGAGAGGUAUGUCUUGGAUUGGAUUCUACAGAUCGUCUAAUCAAACAUGGAAAUGGGUCGACGGUACUGAAAGUAAUUUCACUAGAUGGGACAAAGAUCAGGGCAAUGUGGAAAAUGAAGAGUGUGCUCUGGCUUCGUACAGCUUCGACAACUGGCACGACUAUCCGUGCCAAACUUCGGCAUUUCCGUUGUGUAAGAAACAUAAAAACCAAACUCGCUGGAAGCUGGUGGAAAGGACUUCAGGAAGGACAACUUUCAACGUAACCGUCCCAUAUUCCAACAAAUCAAGUAUUCAGGAUGUGCUGAUGCUACCAAAUCUAGUCUUGGCAAUGUUUGUUUGCUUUAUUCUUUUGUAGAGAGUUGGAGAUGUGUAUCUUCAUUGCAGGAGUAUACAUAAUGGAUGGUGCUGUCAUUUAUUUAAGAUAAACAACAGUUUGGGAAAUGAAACAUUUUAUUAAUAAAUCAAUGUAAAAAAAAAAAUUC